GUUCUUAAAUGCCAUUCAAAAAUAUUUGGCUGCGGAAUAUGGUAAAAUAGUGUUUGUGAAUAUACCGUUAUAAUUGCGUGGUUGCAAAAUUUUCUUAAAAUUUAAAUGUUAAAUAGCUUUCAAUGCUGCUCAUAAAAAUGUUUCGCGGCAUUAUUGUAUUAAUUUUAAUAAACGUCUAUUAUCCUAGUUUAGGACUUCCUGUAAAAGAAAAUUCCAUAGGAAAGCAAUUGCAAAAUCUCGCAAUUACUUGUGACAAUUCGGUUCUAUCUGAUUUUAUAAAAAAGCAAAUAGAUCACUGCAAUGUCAGUGAAUCUGCUGAUGCAAAGACAGAAUUCAAGUGUUUAAUGUUUUAUGAUAUAAACAGUCAGCUAUGCACUGCUUUCCGUCGCUCUAAAUUCAAUUUGCAAGAAAAUUAUACAACUAAAAUGAAUGAAAUUCAAGAUAUUAAAACUAUAUGCAAUCAUGCAAAAACUUGGAAAUUCAUAUACAAAGAAAAGUACCCUAAAAAUGAGCCUGUCGAUCAAGUAUUUAAAAAUGAAGUAUUCUGUAUACAAAUGUGUUCAGUCGAUGGGUUUUUGAGUGCAGAUUCUAAUUUCUACUGCAAGUAUUACCAGUGGGGAUCUGAUGUUUUACAAAGCCAAAUGCUUACCUUGACACAGCAAAACAUUGGUGCGGCUGUUCCUGUAUUAGCAGAAUCUAUUUCAAAUCCAAUUGAAAAUAACACUGUCAUUUUAAAUACUCCAAGAAUUGAAAAUGGCACAACAUCUACCAGUGAAAGCGUCAAACCAAUAGAAUCUAAAUCUGUUGCCAAUGUUGAAUGGACGAAAACUGAAAUAAACAAUCAAGAUGUGUCAGGCCAAUCGUCAACAAGCAACCAAUCAUCAACAUCAGAUACCCAGAAACAACUUGAUAAUUCUCACAAAAUAACUGAACAGUCUGUUCUUCCAAACAUUACAAGUGUAUCUAAGAAUGAAAUGGAAAAACCGCCAGUUGAAGAAGAGCCUCCUAAGAAAGAUGAAUUGGAGAAAGAUGAGAAUAUCCAACCGAUUAAACAGAAGGAAUCUGUAAUCGAAAAUCCUAAAGUAAAGCAACCAAUAGGUGACAUUGAUGAAGAUCAAGAAGAUGAAAAUGAUGAUGAUGCUGAAUAUGUACAAGGUUCUGAUCAAGAUGAUGCUGCCAUGAAGCCCAUUGAAUCCGAUCCUAACUUUGAUGAUACCAGACCUAAAAACACCCUGAGUGCAUUAAUACGUGCCGGUGGAAAAUCAGUGAAGGUACCAUUCCUCGAUUCUGAUCCAAAUAUGGAUGAAGAACCACACAAAACUAGAGUUGGAAUUGAAUCUAUAACAUCAGUUUCAGAAACAUUUCCAAAUCCAAUGCAAAAUGGCUACGCUGAGGAGGAUGACCAUUUCUUCCCGUUAUUCCUGACUGCAAUUAUAAUUGUUGUGUUGCUGUAUAUCUUAUAUCACAACAAAAAUAAAUUUACAAAAGUGAUUUUGGGAUUGAUAGUUGAAGGCAGACAAUCAGGCCGGCGUAGAAACAGCCGUGGUCACGCCUACCGUCGGCUCGACACGCUGGAACAAGCCAUGAACACCAACACAGCGGCACCGCCAAGCAAAAUCAUAUACUGAACCAAUAGGUUAAUAAUAUUUAUAUAACUAGUUUCUUUUGCUAUCGAAAAAGCUUAUCGAUAACAAACAACUGUCCUUUAUAAAAUAAUGUAUGUAAAAAAAAUUAUGUAAAGAGUCCAAAAACGCACAUGUGACGUCACUCAUCAUGGUUUUUUUUUUAUAGAAUUGAUUUACUGAUAACUGAGUAGUGUUACUGACUUGUAACAUUUUCUCAUUGUAAUCAAAUAAAUCAUGUCUACUUGUACGCCUCUAUUGAGAUUUUUAGGCUUUAUGGAUGGGAAUAUAAAAUGUCAAAAAAAAAUUACGUAAGUUUCUAUAUGUUAUAUAUUGAAGUUCAAGGCUCAUAAUAUUUCAAGUAAUUAUUGAAAGAUGUGGGGAUUAUUAAAAUAAAAUUUACACCGUAAAAAUAUCCCCCAUAUUUUACAAAACAUUAUUUUUUUUAAUUUUAUAAAGAGGAUAUUUCUUUAAAAAUUUCCGGUUUUUUUACACUACUAAACAAAUUACAGUACAACAAUAAGCGACACUUAAUAAUUCGCGUGAAUAUCUUGUAUUCCUUGUUUAAAGUUGAUUUAAAAAAAAAUCUUAAAUUGUUUCAUAAUGAUAAUUAAUUGGACGGUGUUAAGUACAAUAAAUAAAUGAACAAGUUUCUUGUCUGAUUGAAACUUAUUCGAAACAAAUCGUACAUUUAAGAACAUAUUUAGUAAUAUUAUAGAAUUAAGAUAUUUUACGCUUAAGCUGCGAACAUUCAUUAUUAUUUCCAACGUUUUAUGUCAUAUUUAAGAUGCGUUUCCACUGUGCAAUUGUGAUUAUUCAGAAAGUCACCAACUUUUGUCUAAACCAAUUAAAGAAAGUUUAACUGAGUUAAAAUCACACGCAUAUUCUUUCUUAUUCCUUUGAAGCUUACCACAAAAACGCGAUUUUCGAAAGUUGUUAACAAUUUUUGUUGGAAACUUAAUUGAGUAGAAACUUUUAUUUACAACGCGUGUUGACAUCACAAAAGUUGGCAAUUUUCCUUUUGUGGAGGCUCAGCAAGAUCUCAAUAUUGUUGUAAAUUGAUGAAAUUUUAAAAAGCAUAUUUAAUUUAUUAUCCGAAGUAAAAUCGAAUAAAAAAAGAUGAUUAUAAUUAAUCUAUAAUAAUAAAAUAAAAAGGGGCAUUAAAAUAUAAUCGAUAAUUUUCUUUGAAAUACAUUAUCUUAACUUCACUAAUAAUAUAUUUAUUUAUGGGACACAUUUAUAUCAACUUUUUUCUAAAGAAAUGUAUGCAAAUCGUUAAAAGUUAUAGAUUUUAAUCGGCAGCUAUUCUGCAGAACUUUAAUGAGUCUAUAAUUUUUCAUAUGAAUGAAAUAUAUCUAAGAGGUUUUCGUAAUGUAAAUCAAAUUAAAGUGUUUUCAAAAUCAGAUCUCAUUGAUGUUUUUUUUUUAUUGUCAUUGAAAAGGUAAUAUUGUAUCUGUUUAAUUUUUUGUCUAUUUUAAAGUCAAUCUCUUAACUUAUAAAUAAAUAAGUUUAUAAACAGUUAGAUGUUAUAACACCUUUUUUAUUUGUACUUCUACUGAAUAAAGUUUAAAUAUAUUA